AUGUCGCAAAUAGCUUCGGCCGUUCGCGACGAACCGCCGCCCUCCAUUCAUCCGCCGGAAGAUGAAUUGGGCUGCAAACAUCAGCUCGCGGUGACCUGCAGCAAUGCCGAGGAGAAGGUCAGCAAGGAGGAUCGGAAUACGGUAGGCUAAUGGAUUUUUGAAUUUUUAAACUUUUUUUAAAAUAACUCAAGUCCUGAAACGUAAAAGUUCCUUAUUUUGGCCUUAUAACUUUGCGGAAACUGGUCGGAAUUAGCCCAAAUUUAGCGUGCACGCUCAAUUCAUCGCUGUCAAUGCCCGAACAGUGGAUUUAGUUUGUGAGGUACCUUCUUUUUUACGUCCCACCUUACCCUUCAAAAACGGCUGCAGCCUGUUAUUUUACACUUUAUACGAUGAAACAUGUCCGGAAAUAAACUUAUUGCCUCCGUAUGGAAGUAAAUGAGUCGUCAUAGCCUUCGUAGGUACCCUUAAAACUGUAGACGUAUUAUAGUAAUUCAGUUACAGCUCGGUCGAAGCGUUUUUUCCCAACUUUGUGCCCAAGCUUGGGCGCAGUUCGCGGAGUACCUUUGUUGUGGCCAAAAUAAGGAACUUUUUCCCUUUUUUUUAUAACUCAAGUCCCGAAACUUUGAUUGGGAGCUCUGAAUUUACCAACAGCAUCUUUAUCAUCGAAUUUUAUAUAAUAAUUUUUUCAAAAAACCCGGAAAAUCCAUAAAAAAUAUAUGCUUUUUUGAUUUCCAGCUUUACUAAAAACCCCUCCGAGUAUUUUUAUAAUGAAUGCUGUUGUUUGUCGAGGUUUACCAAGGUUUUAUCCAUUUUCAGCCAUGCUUUCUCCGACCCUUCCGUUCCAUCCACAAUAUGUACAAAACUUUGAAAGGAGAUCUCUCAUCCAUAUUUUUACUCUUGUUCCUUUAUCUUUUACAGGUAAGUGAAAACUGUUGUGAUUUCGCGUGAAAAUUUUUGGAUUUUUUAUGAUGAUAAAAGAAAUUCAAAAUUUCAAAAAUUUUUUUUUUUUAUUUUUAAAAUAGUAAAAUUCAAUUUUUUUAAAAUCUUUUUAUUCGAAAUGAGCCCUUGUAAGGCCUACUAUCAAGUCAAAAAACCGGAGGCUUGAUAAAAAAGAAAUAAAAUUUUAAGCUCGGGCGCAGCUCGAAAAAAAUCAAAUUAAUUAUUUCUUUUAAUUUUUUUUAUUCAUUUGAAAGCUCACUUAUUUUAUUUUUUUCAGGGUAUUCCCCUUGGCUUAAUUGCUGCCGUCCCAUUAUUACUCCAAAGUAAAGGGAUCACCUAUUCCCAACAAGCCGUUUUUUCGUUUUCACAUUGGCCUUUCAGGUAAGAACAUUUAAUCAUUUUUUAUACAGUAAACAGCCCUUUUUCCGAUAAGAUAUUAUAUUUUUUCCAAAAACAAAUUUUUCGCUGAAAAACGGGAUUUUUUAAACUUUUCUCUAAAAAUUUGGAUUUUUUUAUUUUUUAGCGACAAAAUUCAAUUUUUUUGGUAUUACAGUAACUUACAACGCUAUUUCUUUCAAUUUUUCAGUAUGAAGCUGCUCUGGGCGCCGAUUGUGGAUUCGAUUUAUGUCCGGAGAAUCGGCCGGAGGAAAUCCUGGAUGGUCCCGUGCCAAUAUUUGAUUGGAGGAUUCCUCCUGGUUGUCAGCUACUAUCUCAACGAAAUCAUGGGCACUAAUGGAAGUGGAACUCCGAACAUUUUCCUGUUGAUGUGCAUCUUCCUGCCGCUGAAUUUCUUGGCCGCUACGCAGGAUAUUGCAGUAGACGGGUGGGCUCUGACCAUGUUGUCGAGGUGAGUUUUUUUUGGGAAACGCCUGGGGGAGAUUUUGGUCUCAAAAUGUCCGCAAUGACACGUAAAGUUUUCUGGGUAACUAAAUUUCUGAUUUUCGCGCCGGGACCCAGCUUAAAGUUCAAAAUAAUCUAAUUUUUGUCCCAAAUUUUUUAUUUUUUUCAAUUUUUUUAUCAAAAUUUCAAACCCACUUUUAUUACAGAAAGAACGUCGGGUACGCCUCAUCUUGUAACGUUGUGGGACAAACAGUCGGAUUUUUCAUGGGAAAUGUGGUCUUCUUGACCUUACAAUCCAAGGAUUUUGCCAAUAAAUGGAUCAGAUCGACGCCGCAGGACAAAGGAAUCGUUGAAUUUGAUGGUAAGCUUAUUUUUACUUUCUCAGUAGAAGGAUAAAUCCAACGGCUAAACAUUUUUUGAAAAAAAUAGAAAAAAAAAUAUUUUUGGGUCCCACCACGAAAACAUAGAAUUUUAGCAAAUGGGUUUUAUAAAUUUAAAAAUUAGAAUUACAUUGAUUUUUGGGUCUCUCUGGAAGGUAAAAUACGGGAAUUAUGGUGUACGAAUGUUAAUUUAUAAUUUUUGGGUCCCACCACGAAAACAUAAAAUUUUAUAAAUUGGCUCAAAAAUUAAUGAAUGUCGAUUUUUGGGCAAUGGUGAAAGGUAAAAUACUGGUAUUACUGUAUAGGAAUGAUAAUUUAUAAUUUUUGGGUCCCACCACGAAAACACAGAAUUUUAGCAAGUGGGUUUUAAAUUAGCAUUACAUUGAUUUUUGGGUCUCUCUGGGAGGUAAAAUACGGGUAUUACCGUGUACGAUUGAUAUUUUAUAAAUUUUGGGUCCCACCACGAAAACCUGAAUAAUUGAUUUUCACCAUUUUUCCAGUAAAAAUCGACCUUUUUACUAUACUUACUGCCAGAUUAUUAAAAUUUAAUCACAAGUUCCCCCAAUUUCAGACUUUGUUUUCUUCUGGGGCUGUGUCUUCAUCGUCUCCACCACGUUGGUCUUCAUUUUCAAGAAAGAAAUCGACCAUUCCGUCCCAUCGGCGCAGGACAAAAUGGAGAAUCAGGCUCACGGUGACGAUGAGGUCCAUUUGAACGUCUUCCAGACCUACCAAAUCCUCUUCAAAAUCCUUUGCCUCAGGCCGAUGAAAAUAAUGGUUGUGGUGUUGCUGACGGCGAAGAUCGCAUUUGCCGCCGCUGACUCAAUGACCGACUUGAAGCUGAUCAAUGCGGGGAUCACGGCGGACAAAAUCGCAUCAAUCUCGAUCUUUUUGACGCCUCUGCAGAUUCUGCUUCCGUGGAUGCUGGGAAAACAAAUCGCCGGCCCCAAGCCGUUGAGUGUGUACUUGUGGGCGUAUCCUUAUCGGUAAGUAUGAAGUUUGAGUUUAUUUUGGCUUUCUUGGAGGCUAUAGGGGAUUUUGUAUAAAGAAGGGAUCAAAAAAUGGGAAAAAAUUAUAUUGUAGUAUAGGUAAUUUUUUUGGUAAAAAUUGAUUUUUUGAAAAUGUGGAAAGCUUUUUGGAGCUGAUUUGCGUUUUUUAUUAAAUUUGAAGGUGUAAAAAAGGCUUUUUGGAAGAAAAAACUCAGAAAAAUCGACGAUUUAUAUCUUAGUUGAUAUCACUUUGGAUUUUUUGCAAUUUUUUUUGCUUUUUUUACCCCGCUUAAGGCUUUUUCUGAGUGAGUUUGGGUCUAUUGUUGAAUUUAGAGUCGUAGAUUAGCAUGAAAAAUAUAAAAAAAGUUGGAAAAUCGCAAAAAUUAUAUUGCACUUGACAUCAGCCAAAAUUUUUUUUCCGGAAUUUAAUAUUUUUUGUAUAAGAUAAGUGAAUUGAUUUCAAAAUAAUUAGAAACUCCUCUCAAUUUUUUUUGGAGCCGUCAAGUCUUAAAUUUUUAUAUUGCACUUGAUAUUACUCAAGAUUUUUUUCCAAAAGUACCCUAUUUUUUUAUUUUUCCUCUAAAUUUAAUAAUAAAUAUUCCUAAAAUGCUGAAUCCCCCUCAACUUUCCUUUUUUCAGGAUCUUCAUGGGCAUCGUGUUUGCCGGUUUGGUCUAUUGGACCCCUCAUUUCCGCCUUCCCAAUGGAGAAUAUCCCUACACGUACUACGGGAUUUGGAUUGGCGCUUUCUAUUUGAAUCAGAUCGCCUCCUAUUGCUAUUUCCUCUCUCUGAUGGCGUUCUUCGCGCAGAUUUCGGACCCCAAGAUUGGAGGAACUUAUAUGACUUUGUUGAAUACGCUCAGCAACUUGGGCGGAAACUGGCCGUCGACUUUUGUUCUGGCCAUUACCGACUUUUUCAAUAAGAAGAAUUGCAUCUCAGCGACUACUAAAGCGUAAGUUGGAUUUUUUGAUGGAUAAAAUUACAUAGUAAAAAUUUUUUUUGAUGAUGACCGAAUUUUUUGGACAAAAUUUUUUUUUGGAAAUUUUUUUGUCAAAAAAAAUUCGGAGCAAUUUUUUUGAAGAAUUUUUGCAUUUUUUGGGAUAGAAUUUAUAGUUCGAAUAUCAAUUUUACCGAUUUUUUGGACGAAAUUUUUUUGGAAAUUUUUGUGUCACAAAAAUUCAAGGCAAUUUUUUGAAGAAUUUUGCAUUUUUCUGAUUGAAUUUAUAGUUCGAAUAACAAUUUGGCCAAUUUUUUGGACGAAAUUUUUUUUUGGUCGAAAAGUUCCGACUGAUUUUUUGGGCAAAAAAAUACCAAAAAAUCUCUAAAAAAUCAGACUAUUAUUAAAAAAUUACGAACUUGAAAAUCUGGAAUAUGCAUCGGAAAAUAAACUUCUUAUCUAACAGGGGAAGUACCCCAAGUGCGACGCUCAGGCUUUGAUAAAACUUGGCACAAAUUUAGAAUAAUUUUUUCUAAGAUAUAUGCGAGAGUCCUAACUAGCGUUUUGCAGAAACAACAGAGAUUUUUAGAUCGAAAGUCGGCGAAAAUUCAGGACUUUUUGCCGAAUUUCGGCACGAAAAGUUUCAUGCCUAUUUCUACCGUAAAGGAUAAUGUUUCUGCAAAAAAUCAAAUUUUUCCGCUCGAAACUGCCAAAGUUAUGGCCAAAAAGGUGUUUUCUCUCUGACCGCUCUCCACGUUUAGCGUGCUCUCUCGGCGGCAAAAAUCGUUCGAUAUCUCGGCGGCGCCUGCAAAUCGCGAGCUAAAACUUUCAGGAAUUGACAUUUAGUCCAUACCCGACGUGUGUGCAAAAUUUAAAGAAAAUCUGAGCGUCGCACUUGAAGUACUUCCCCUGUAAAUUUGUUCCAAAUUGCACCAAAAUUUCGGAUAUUUUUCGCAAACGUAUUUUACCAACCUCUUUUAAUUUCAGAGUCCUUGGAACGUGUAAUAAGAAGCCGGAAGAGGAGUUGUGCAAAGCCGGCGGGGAUCUCUGCGAAUUCGAAAUCGAUGGCUAUUAUAUUUCUAUUGCGUUCUGUGCAAUGGUCGGAUUAAUUUGGUACAAGAUCUUCUACAAGCGCAUCAAUAUGUUCCAGAAGAUUCCGAGGUCCGAAUGGAGGGUCAUCAAGACGAAAAAUUGA